UAGCCUACUGAUUUUCCAAGAACAUUUCGUGUGUCACUCGUACAAAUGCGAUCUACUGAGCUGAAGUCGGUGAAAUAUUACAAAAUCAUGUGUAAAAGUUAAAUUAUGUUAAGUAUCUUUACGGUUUCCUGUAACUCGUUUAGAAACUGUUCAAACGCUUUGAAACGCGACGGAGCGGUUUAACAACUACAAUGGACAACUUUUUCUGAUCUUGUACGCACUUGCGGAAUUAUGGAGACGUUUGUUUUAUUUUUUGUUACGUUACUCGUGGAUGGUGUGUUUGGUUAUACAGAUGAAGUGAAGUCAGUGUCAGUGAUGGAGGGAGAUUCUGUCACUUUAUACACUGAUCUUACUGAAAUACAGAAAGCUGAGCUGAUACUGUGGACAUUUGGAUCUGACAGCACUCGAAUAGCUCAAAUAAACAGAUUGAUUAAUAAGAUCUCAUAUUAUGAUGGUCCUUAUGGGAUAUUCAGAGACAGACUGAAGCUGGAUCAUCAGACUGGAUCUCUGACCAUCACAAACAUCACAACUCAACACACUGGACUCUAUCAACUACAGAUCAUUGGUGGAAAACAGGUCACACCCAAGAAAUUCAGUGUUAUUGUUUCUGCUCAUCUACCUGUUCCUGUCAUCAGCAGUGACUCUUCACAAUGUUCUUCAUCAUCAUCAUCAUCUUCUUCUUCAUCAUAUUGUUCAUUGUUGUGUUCAGUGGUGAAUGUGGGUCAUGUGACUCUCUCCUGGUACAAAGGAAACAGUUUAUUGUCCAGCAUCAGUGUGUCUGAUCUCAGCAUCAGUCUCUCUCUACCUCUGGAGGUGGAAUAUCAGGAGAAAAACAGCUACAGCUGUGUGAUCAACAAUCCCAUCAGAAACCAGACCACACAUCUGGACAUCACUCAACUCUGUCAACCAUGUUCAGCACCAGGUUUGUCCGCAGGUCAUAUAGCAUUGGUUUGCUUUAGUGUUCUGGCUGUGGUUGUAGUUUUGUGUGGUAUUUUCUUUUACUAUCACCACAAGAGGUCUACACAAGCAGAUCAUCAGUGCCAACCUGAUGGAGAAGAAAAUAUUAGGCUAACUAAUGCAGAUGGAGAAACCCUGGAACAGGAGAGACAUUCACAAAACAAUACUUUUGUGGAGAAAGAUGAAUUUAAGUCUGUGUUAGCAAUGGUGGGAGAAACAGUCACGCUACACACUGAUCUCACUGAAAUACAGGAAGAGGAACUGAUACAGUGGAAGUUUGCCGAUUCCAAAGUAAACAAACUCGCUGAAUUUUUUGUCAUCGCUAAAUGGGAUAAAACAAACAAUGAGGAACACCUACAUGAUGACAGCAAAUUCAAAGACAGGUUGCAUCUGGACCACAAUAGCGGAUCUCUGAUCAUCACAAACAUCACAAAUGAACUCUAUGGACAUUACAAACUGCACAUCACCAGCGAGGGACAGAAGAUCUCAAAGACCUUCAAUCUUGUAGAUCAUGACCCAAAGAAGAGACAGGGUACAAUCCUGAGGAGAGAAACUUGCCCUUGAUAGCAGAAUGAGAGUAUAUGUAAUCCAUAUUUCAGUUCAAUUGCCAAAAUAAUGGAACAUAGUUCUACUUAUUUAUACAGCCAUCUAAAAUCCCAAAUAUACUUUGUGUGUUCAGUGUAAGCUGACAUGAACUGAUGUCUGACAGGAGACAGUGGCUUAUUACUGUAAACACAACAGUAAACAGCUAAACCAUUGUCACACUGCACGCAAAUGCUGAAAAACAAUCCAUUUGU